GGUUGCUCGCGACGCCACUUCCGGUUCUGGCGCUGCCUUUACCCGCCGUCGGCGAGGCUCGGCGUUGGAAACUCCGCAGGAGCAGUGUGUGGGCGGAGGUGGAGGCGCGAUCACGCGAAGAGGAGAUAACUUCCGGCGGAGAGCGGUUUUCCGGAAACACUGGGUCACGUGGCCGCCCAAAUGAACCACAUGGAGGCGCUGUCGGUGUUGGUGGCAGCGUGGGUGCUAGCGGCGGCGACGGCAGCGCCAUCUACUUCCUCCACAGCUGCCACAACGUUCGUCCACCAGAGCACGUCAGACUCGCUCUCCGUCGCAGCAGCUGCCGCAAAACAGAGGCAUGGACUUCCCAGCAGUAUACAUGAAGAGAUAAACAGGAGAAUUUUCCCCCAAAGAAGUUCAAGGGGAAUACUUGUGGAUUCCUUGCCACUCGGAAAGAAACAUUCUCAAAACCUAUCUCAUAAAAAGAACAUUUUCGUUAUGAGAAAGGAUUGUAAAGAAGGAAUGUCUGUCCCGAAGUCAACAGACCAAACACUGCGAAUAUUAAGGGCAGACGGGACAGAAGUUAUUUUUGGAACGUCUGUAGCAAUCUGUAAGCCCCAAUUACAGCUCGAAAUGGCGAACGUCGGUUUCAAACCGAGCAUAGUAACAGCAGUAAAAAGUGGUCCUCUAAGAGCUGACUUGAAAAGAGAUAACAAGCUUUUUAUUUAUGUACCAGAAAAGCAAGGAAUGCGGGGGAAUAUACCACAUUUUUUCAUUUGGCCGACAUCUUCGCAGCUCCAACGCACUACAAAAGGAAUAGAGAAUAAUGAGGCUUCAGGGGAAAUGAAUGUGUCGAAAGCGUUCUCCCAGCGCCAACCUUUGUUUGGGAGAAUAAAGGCGAGCAAGAGUCUCACUAAACACCACUCGUCGCACUUCAGCAGAGCAGGAGGCGGCGCGCACCGCGUGGCCAAACGCUCGCCGCUGGGGCUGGGGCUGGUGCCGGCGGUGGCCGUCACCCACCACGGCUCCGCGGCCCCGGCCUCCGCCCACCACAGCGUCGUGCUGCACCCCAAGCCCGCGCACGCCGUCACGGUGGCCGCGCUCCACGGCGUGGCCGGCCUCGUCACCCACGCCGUCAUCGACCCUGGCCUGCACAUCUCCUCCACCACCGUGCUCAGCCACGACAAGCCCCUGCUGCCCGAAGCCCCCCACGCGCUCGUCAUCCCCGUCGUCGCCCUCGCCCACCCGGCGCACCACUCGCUCUUCCGGUCGCACGUGGGCGGCUUCGGCGUCGGGCUCGACUUCGGUGGCCACGGCGCGGGCCACGGCUUCUACGCGGCGGCCUCCGCCUUCGCCUUCCGCUAG